AUGGUCCUGUGUGUUUGUUAGUGACGCUGCAUUUUGCAAAAGGUGACACCUGCUCUUCUUCACCAACCCCAAAUUCUUCUUCGUGUUCAUCGUUCACCUCAUCCUUCCCUUCCCUUCUCUCCCCGGCUCCACCAGCAGCCGCUCAUCGAAACCUUCCCCCACUAUCCACCAGCAUCAAGCAGAGAUUUCUUCCGCCUUCUCCAGAGCUCGCAUGCUUCCGUUUCGUCCUCCGCGUUCGCUUCCCUAGAGCAGAGCAGGUAGGUAGUCAGUGGCCAGCAAUGAUCCGCGAGUUCCUGGCCGUGGCGGCACGCGCGGCGCUGGAGUGGGCGCUGGCGUCGCUGCUGCUCGCCAACGGCGCCGCGUUCUGCCUCAUCGCCGCCGCCGCCGCGCGCCUCCGCCUCGGCCCGCCGUGCAUCGUCUGCGCCCGCGUCCACCGUCUGCUCUGCUCCUCCUCCUCCUCUGCUGCUGCCAGCGCCACCGGCGUGGCACGCGACGCUCUCCGCCUCCUCCUCUGCGACGCCCACCUCGCCGCCGUCGCUCCGGAUCGCUGCGACGGGGAUGGUGGUGUCUCGGAGACGGAUGCUGCGAUGGCGGACGAUGAUCCGAACACGUUUUCAGGCAUGGAGACUCACCGCGACGUCUCCAUCGGCAGCGAGAUAUGCGAGCAGGAGGAAGACGGCAUCAAACACCACGCCGGCGACCGCAUCGCAAGAACCACCAGCGCCGGCGACGGUUGCGGCCCGCUCGUAUCUCUCUUCGAGCUGGCGCCGAUCGUGUCGUCGCGACCACGGGAGGACGACGAUUCCAUAGACCAGCUGGCGAGGACGAUGCCACAGUCGCUGACCCUGACCGUGGACGGUGACGAGAGCCUGACACUCGGGGAGCUGGUCACCGCGUUCAGGGCACAGAGGAGGGAACUGGACGCGCUGCGCGCCGAGCUCGCCGCCGAGCGGCGGCUGAAGGCGGAGGUCGAGGAGUACCAGCGUCAGCUGGAGGAGCAGGGCGAGCUCGACCGGGAGGCUGCGCGGCUGGCCAUGCAGCUCGUGUACGAGAGCGAGGCGGAGAAGCACGGCCUGCAGCGGCGGCAGCUCGACGCGUGCGGGGCCAGGGCGCAGCUGCAGCUGCAGCUGCAGCUCUGCCAGUCCGACCCCGCGGCCGUGGAGGACGCCGGCGGAGGCUGCAGUGGCGAUGGCAACAACUACCAGUCGCUCGUGGACUUCUUGCCGGGGUCGGUGCACUCCUCCUCGCCGGACCUGGCCAACCUCCUUAGACUCUACACUGAAUCUGGCCAUGCCGGCCGUCGUCCGGGUCCGGGGCACGGUUACGACGUGCCGGCCAUUGCGGUGGGUGAGGAGGCAGAGGAGGGGGAAGAGGCCGUCGCUGUCACCGUCACUGUCACAGCUGCCACUGAAUCCAUCGGGCGUGUUGAUGCUACAUCUGCCGCCACUGUUUCUGAAUCUUUACAAGAAAGCUCCAAUACUUUCCACGUCGAAACGACAGCAACGGAAGCCGCUUAAUUUGCCGGUCAUCACCUCGGGUCUGUCGCCCAUGGUGGAAACAUGCACGAAAACACGGUGGUAGUAGUAGUAGAAUGCUUUCUCUUGUACAUCGAUUUGUUUUUGUGAAUAUUGCAAAAUCGGUUUGUAGAAUCCAA